GGUGGGCGAAAGUGCUUUUCGGACUUGAUUCCGGUGGCGAUCAUUCGAUCGAAGUGUCAGCUCCGCUCUUUAGUCUCUAACGCAAUAUACUGAAUUGGGAAGUGUGCCUAGUAGGUGUCCUUACUGGAGUGGAAGAAAUGAAAACGAAAUCGGAACCGGUCGUAUGUCAGAGGAAAGAGCUGCCCGACUCGAGAGUUGUGAUGCGCAUCCGACCUUGAAUGAAGACAGAGCGGCAAGAGAUAAGCUUGAACCCGAAAAAAGUGAUCUAGUUUUUGGGAAUUAGUCUACGGGUUUACAAGUGGCUUCCGGUAAAUAAAAUCAUAAAAAAAACCUGGACUCCACUAUAACGAACUGUGCUUAUAGUGGAUGCCCACUUCAAGUGAUAAAAAGUGAAAAGUGCUUUUCGACGAAUGUUUUUUUUGGUUUUUUCCUCUUCUAGUAGGUAUAACUAAACCUGAUUGGUGAAUGAAGCACUGUAUGACGACUCCCUAGCUUGGUGAUCCAAAAAGACUGAUCGGAAGUGUUUCUCCCGUGUAAGUGUCUGUGAAUGUGUUUAUCGGUUAUGCAGUUGCUGAUUGGAUCGAAAUAGGAAAAUUGCAAAUAGCUUGACAACUGGAACAUCGUUGAAAAUUGAACAACUGUUGAACGAGUUGGAGUGAAUGAUAGCUAGCACAGCUUUAAAUGUUUACAAAUAUAUUGAGUGAUUUCAUCUGGAUCGAGUGGAGCGAUCUGUUGAACAAUUGAACCUGUGGUUUGGAAUUUGCAUUCAUGCUUGUUGGAUCAAGGUUAUUGCUGUAAAACGCUCGAGGUCCAACUGCCGGAAUCCAUCUGCAGUCCAGUAAAACUGGGUCUCGAACUAAAAUAGUAGUACUAGAUCGGGAUAUCUUCAAAGAAAAAAAAAAGUGCUCCCCGCACUGAUUUUUAAAUAAGUGGCAAAGUGGAAGAAAUUAUCUUCAGCUUAAAUCAAUCUCCAACGCUAUCCCUGCUUUUAUCCGCUGCUGAUAAAAGCCGUGGUAGCAAAACAAAUUGAUGUUCCCGCAUUGAAUCAAUUAUUGCUGUUCCCAUCCUAAUAUGUUCAUCAUCUUUUGUACAUAAUCGUGGAUGAACGGCUUCCAAGUUAGUUUUAGGCCGAAAAAGUGUGCGGCUAAUGUCUAUAAGUGAACUAAUCUCAUCGCGAAGAAGAGAAGAGCAAAAUCGAAUUAGCUACUACAUGGGUGCGUGUUUGAAAGAGUGAAAACAAAGAGAAAAAAUCCGACACAUGAGUAGGAAGUGAGGCAUAAAAAUUCAGUCCCAGGUGAUGGACCCGGUUUGAUUUUAUAGAAUCAUUUUGGGGCGAAAAAUUUUGUUCAUCAACUGUGGUACCGGGACCCUGGGCGCGUGCCAUUUGCGGGGAAUGGGGAUAGCAAUCCUACCGCAAUAAUAAUCAAUCAAAAGUGGACCACAAACGGGGAAAACAAUCAAAUCUGGCCACUGGCCGCCAGGUGGAAACCAACAAAAGGGAAGCAGAGGUACAAUUCGGACCCGAGAGAUGGGAAAUGCGAUUAGUAGUGCUUAUGAGGCCACGUUGCCCAGAAGGUCUCAACAGCAACGGCAACAGGAACAGCAAAACCAACACCACAACAGGUACUGUUUCGAUGCCAACUGUAAUGGGAAACGGUGCAACUAUGGGACCUCUGGAGCCUAUACGAUGCCCAGGAUUGGCCAGAGACAUCAAACCGAACAACAACCACAACCGACUCAACAAAAUCCAGAGAGCUCCCGAAUGCUGUUCCUGCUUUACUUGAUACACCGAACGUGGAAUGUUGUGGUGGACAGUGUUGAUACUAAAACGAAAAAAUCCCGUGCCACAAGCUCGUCGAACGAUUCGGGCGCCCCACGCAGCCAGUUGGAUGAAGCUUUCGAUACCGAUGUAAACUUAACCGAGCUAGAUGACGACUCCAGUCUGUACGGGUCCCAGUAUUCGUAUUGCAACUGUAGCUACUGCGAGGAGGAAGCAGACCGCAGCCAUUUCGAUAACGUCCGGGGCAAUCGGUUCUCCUUCUGCGACAGUGACAUCUCGUACUGUUCGUACCAGAUGGCACCGAGUGCGGGAAAGAGCCCUCCUGGGGCCACACAAAUCGGUCCACCGGAUUUGAACGAGAUGACCCUCGGAUGGAACUCAAAUAUCAAGCAGGAGAACCAAAGACCACCGGUAUUCAAUCCGGAGGACUACGUUAUUUCCCUGAAAAAAUAUGGCCGCCGAGGAACAAAUGGAAACUUCAAAUCCAUCUAUGACACAACCGGUGAUCCGGAUCCAAAAUCCGACAAAGUCCAGCAACAACAGCUUGCAGAAGCCAUGCGGUCGCAUACUCUACCACACAAAAAUUCAGAAUACCGGUCCCCAAUUCCGGCCCCACCGGAGAUGGACAGCGAAAUGACCCUUCGACAGUUUGGCUCGGUAACCGAUUUACUCACCAAAUUGAGGGCAGAUUUGAGAGCAUCGUUUCCAAGUUUCGUUCAAGAGUUUGUCUCCAGCCCUUUGGAUGGCGUAAGUCUGCUGCUCGAGGUCCUGCGUGCGGUCCAGCUCAGCCAGAGCAUGCCUUUCAAUGGAACCACCACAAUGCCGGCCCCCGGAUCGAUGCCACGAAUCAAUCAGUCGUAUCAACGGCGUGCCCUUCUGGAUGAACUAGCUUGCUUGCAAUGUUUGAGUAUAUGCUGCACUAGAAGUCCGGAAGCUGGUGCCCGCUUAGGAACAACUCCCAUUGGGCUGCUUCCGUUGGCCGCUGCAGCAACCGGAACAGGAAUCCGAUCAAGAAUCGUUGCUUUACAACUGUUGACAAUUGCGUGCGAUAAACAAGCACUGGGCGAUGGAACUCAGAGAAGUCAGUUGCAAGGACACACUGCGGUAUCGGAAGCAUUGUCCACACUUCGUCUGAGAUGUGCUGAACCGGUACGAUUUCGGUUAUUGGUUGGAAUGUUGAAUAGUGGAGGAGGAUCGGGAGAGUUGCAGGCUGUCGGAAUGAAAUUUGUUAACACUUUCUUGGAGAGCUCGGAAAGCGUUCAGGUUCGGCUGUACCUUCAGGCAGAACUUCACCAAGCAGGAUUGGAUCCUGCGCAGAUGUGCAAAGUUAUAUCGUCUACAUCUCCUUGGCUGGAGAAAUUGAGGGUGGAAGUAAAACGAUGGGAAGCGAUCAGGAUAGACAUCGACCAGCUCCAGUGUCAGGCCAGGUCUGCUGAACAAGUUCGAAGCCGAUUGGUGAUCUUAGAACGUCGAGUACAAAUUCUGCACGAAGAGAAAACUGUGCUGACGACGAUGGAGAGAAGAUUGCAAGAGCGUUGUGCCGAGCUUCAGAGGGAAAUCCUCAGACUCAAAGGUAACCAGAGCCAUGAAGCCUCGAACAGCUCUAGCCUGGAGAAGAGGCCGGUUGCUCUACCACGUCAAGUUCCACCUCAAGCCAAACGUAACACAUCCGAGAAUGAUGACGAAGGUAUUAGCAGCUCAGAAACGGGACAAUCUUCAACGCCCGAACCUCCACGAGUUUUCCCAACAAAGGAAGGAUCCACUUCAAACUCUCAUAAGUUCAGUAUAUCACUGAACCAAGAAAAUACGGUUCCAUCGCACGACGUAAACGCCAAUGAUGACGAAACCAAUGCCACCAUUGAAGAUGUUAUUGAAGAAUUGCAAAACAUCGUUAACGACGCAGAACGAGAAAUUUCGGACCAGAACGAAAUUCUGUAUCAGAUGAGUGAUCUUCCAGAUAAGUCUCUCUACAGUCUAGAAUUAAACAGUGAGAACGAAAUCGUACCUGUCAAUCUGCUACCUCAUCCUCCACGCAAAUCCCGCUCUCUGGCACAUCUCAUCUCAUCCCCAUCAGAUGGGGAAGGUUCGGGUUACGAUUUGCUACUGAUCAAUAACGAAAGCAAAAUUGAUUUCUUCGAGGAUCAAGAGCACGCAAAGACACCCAAGAAACCAUUCACUGACAGCAAUACUUUCUUUAACGAAGCUGAAAGAACCACAGAUCCCGUUCGACCGGAUGUCAUUCAUGCGGCCACUGAAUCUCAGGCACAUCAUCGAGGUCGAACCUCUACGAAGGAUUCUAACCGGGCCAUCCUAAACGUAAUCAUGGAUGCACGCGACAAAGAAUCCCGGAUGAUGAGAGCCCAAUCGCUAGAACGGGAAAUCCCACAACAAGUGCCUCCACCACAGCAAUUCAAUGGUGUAUUCUUCAUGACCGAUAUGAACAGUGCCGGAAAGUAUCCAAAACCGGACAUCACGGCCGCCCUAGAAGCCAAAAAGGUCACGAAAAACCUUGACCGAUUGGGAGCAUACGGAGUUGACUCCAUGGUCGACAUCGUCAUGAACAGUGAGCAAAGAGCGGCCCAAAAGUCGAAAUCUCGGAUCCCACAUUCAUCCGCAAACGGAGCAGCCAACAGUGCAAAAAUACACACCGGAAACGCCAAUUUCAAGCUUCGAUCCACUACCGGAAGUCAAAUGCACUAUCCCGGUAGCGGUGCUCUGAUCAGAGAGAACAGCCGCAGUCACACCAAUCUUGGUUCGAAAGUAACCGAUCUGCCCUCAGGGCUGUACUAGAGCAUUAUUUUACGAAAUGCUUUGCAAAAAUUUGUUUUAAAAUCACUUUUGUGCAAUAUUUAUUCUUUUACCUGUACUGUUUACCUGUUAAGCUCUAUUUUUAAAUGACAAAAGCAAAAGCACAUAUUCGAGAUGGUUGUAUCAAACACACUUAAUCCAGUGAUGGAGAUCGAUUGUAAAAAUAAUGAAAAAAUUCAAAACACAAAUCUAAGAUAUCAUUCUAGUUUAACAAAGAGGACCCGAGAAACGAAACACUUUCGAGGUGGCGGAGCAAAGCUGCUGAAUCUAUCUUACAUACAUCUUCACCUAUACGAGGGAUCACGAAUGGCGUUUCACGUACUUCCGUACCUUUACUUUGUCUUACUUCAGCCACAAGCCGAUGCCUAUCGGUAACGGUUGGGUAAGGAUGCAAUGUAUUUUUUUUUUCAGUUUAUAUGUUUGUUUUAAGUGUAAGGAGUGUUUUUACUAGUUUUUAUAAAAUAUCAUAAAAAAAAAGUGCUGAAUAAAAAGACAUUUGGAAUUAA